AUGAGACUCUUAGAGAAAAUUAAAAUAAACUCACAACAGAGAUGGAUGGUAUGUUAUAAACUUGGUGGAAAGUAUGAAUGUUCUACGUUAAACCUCAAUAAUAUUGGAACAUUACUACAUCAGCUCUUGAAGGAGAACUUUAUAUCAGAGAUAGAAGCAAAUGCUGCAGGUAUUGUUGAAAUGCACUAUGACUUCUUCUUGACAAACAUAAAGAAUCUUACCGAAAUAAAGAUGUAUGAUUUAACAGAAUAUGAAGGCUUAACGAUGUCAGAUGUAAAGAAAGGCAAACCAAAAAAGAGACCAUAUAGAGAUGAAAGCACACUGACAAAUGACCAGAAAGCCAUUUUGGAAGCUCUUAAGCAAACAGGAAACCCAGCACUUAUAGAAAGCUUUUGGAAAGAUAAUGGUGAAAAGAAGUUUUAUAAGAAGAGAAGCGGUCAGUUCUGGAAGUAUCUUUGCACAUUACCUAUAAAUCUUGAACGCUACCAAAUCUUCAAUGAACUGAACAAAAGAACUGCAACACUUAUGACAGAAGACAAUUGUUUCGUUUAUGCUUGCAUUCAGGCUGGAGUAAAUGAAGAAACUAUUGACCACAUGAGAGAAGUCAUUCGUGUUAGAGACUUUCCUCAAAGUAAAGUACAAGAAAUUUCUGACGCAACAGGUAUAGCAUUUAAUGUUACCAUUGGUUAUUUCAAUGACUCAAGACAUAAUGAAAUAAAGAGAUACAUACCAAAAGAAUGUGAAACUGUUCGAACUAUUGACUUACUUCUU